CUCUUAGGCUCUUUACUGUCUUACACUUUGCAAUUUCAUUAUAAAAUCACAGAAAAGCGCAAAACUAGCACUCUGCUUCUCCACGCUUCUCCCACUCGCUUCCGUUUCCUCACGUCAUUUGCUUUGCUUUCUUCUCUUGAACGAUCAGGAUGGCUGGUAAUGGUGGAGAAACUGGUAGGUCCUCACAAUACCCGCGUCCAGCACUCAAUGAAAGGAUCCUUUCUUCGAUGACACGUAGAUCUGUAGCUGCUCACCCCUGGCAUGAUUUGGAGAUUGGUAACCUACUCCAGGCUUCAUUUGGGUUUACCAAUUAUGCUGGAACUGUAUGCUUAUGGAAUGGUUGUCUUCUUUCUUGCAUUCUGCUCCAUUGACCAUGUUAACCGACCGGCCUUUCACAUCUAUGCAGGACCUGGUGCUCCAUCCGUCUUCAAUGUUGUAAGUUUUUGGAUGGUGAAAUUGUUUGAAAUUUUGUGGUAUGGUUUACCAUUGCACAGCUAGCCAAUUGUUAGGAAGUUCCACAUGCUUGCUGAUUAUGGGAAUGUUAGAUGGGGGAGUCUUCAAUGUUGUAAGUUCUGGAUGAUGAAAUUGUUUGAUAGUUUGUGGUGUGCUUAACCAUUGCAAAGCUAGCCAAUUGUUAGGAAGUUCCACAUUAUUACUGAUAACCGUUCUAAUGGUAUCUCAGUGUCAUUUAGUUUCCCCUUCGAUAUUAUUCCCUCGAUUUCCUUUACUAAAGUCCAAGAUUCUCGUUGUAGGCUAAUUGAAGAAGACACUUUGUGAUUUAUGCUCUAUACCCAUUAUAACGUGCAUUGUUAUGGACUCAAAUGGCAGGUUAUUGAAAUUAGCAAAGGCAGCAAGGUUAAGUAUGAACUUGACAAGAAAACUGGCCUUAUAAAAGUUGACCGUAUUCUCUACUCGUCAGUGGUGUACCCGCAUAACUAUGGGUUUAUUCCUAGAACCCUCUGUGAGGAUAGCGACCCCAUGGACGUCCUGGUACUCAUGCAGGAGCCUGUUCUAACUGGUUCUUUCCUCCGUGCUCGUGCCAUAGGAUUAAUGCCUAUGAUUGACCAGGGAGAGAAGGAUGACAAAAUCAUAGCAGUGUGCGCAGAUGAUCCUGAGUUUCGCCAUUACACAGAUAUCAAGGAGCUUCCUCCUCAUCGCUUGGCUGAAAUUCGCCGCUUCUUUGAGGACUACAAGAAGAAUGAGAACAAGAAAGUUGAUGUAGAAGACUUCUUGCCAGCUCAAGCUGCAGUUGAUGCCAUCAAGUAUUCCAUGGAUCUGUAUGCAUCCUACAUCGUCGAAAAUCUGAGGCAGUGAGUGACUUUGGCGAUGGACAAGCUGCAGACGUCCCAAGUGAAGAAGUGUAGCAGCAAACCAGCUCUGACUUAAAUGCUUGAAUUCUCUUUCUAAAACCUGUGAUACUCUGAAUCCCAACUCUGAUGGGAGUUGAAUAACCAGUAUUUUUCAUUUUUCAGUAUUGUUCCUACUCAAUCCUCUAUACAAAACGGUUGGUGCAUUUCUUGGGAGUGGCUUUGGCUUGAUGGAUUUAGGGGGGGAGGGGUCGUUUUUGUUGUUAUGGACGUAUUAACGCCGCAUUGGAUCAAAUAGCUUGAUUGACGAUUCAAGCUCAUCCAUCUACAGGUGAAGAAGUGUUACCUGACCUGGUAAACGAGCUACAGUCUGCUUUCACAGGGGGAAGACAGAUUCAAGACAAUAUCAUCAUUGUGCACGAGGUUCUUAAUCACUUCAAGAAGCAUAAAACAGGAAAGAAGAGGGAGAUGAUGAUGAAACUGGACAUGAAGAAAGCAUAUGAUAUGGUUGAAUGGGAUCUCCUCCUCUCCCUGCUGAAAGCUUAUGGCUUUAGUGACGUGUGGUGUAACUGGGUGUCUUCAUGUAUUACAACGGUUACCUUCAGCCUUCUUUUGAAUGGUGAGCUGUCAAGAGAGUUCACCCCUUCUAGAGGCAUUCGACAGGGGGACCCCUUGUCACCCCUCCUGUUUAUUCUCAUGUCGAAUGAUUUAUCGUUCCUGAUCGAGAAAGCGGUCCUCAGCAAUGGGAUUAAGGGGAUAAAGCUUAACAGACACUGCCCAGUUCUAUCCCACUGCUUGUUCGCGGAUGAUACAGUGAUUUUCGGGGAGGCUACCUGUGAAGAGGCGGACAAGAUUUUGGACAUCCUUAACCAGUAUGGAGCAGUCACAGGACAAGAGGUUAACAAAAACAAGUCCUCCUUUUUCUUCAGCUGCAACGUCCCAAGUGAUGAACAGGCCAGAAUAGUGAUCAGCUCUGGUUUUGCUACAACCCCCUGCCAUGACAACUAUCUGGGAGUGCCAACCGAAUGGGGUAGGUCAAAGAAGGAAACUUUUCAAUUCCUUUUGCAACGAAUGGAAUCAAAAGGGGAAGCCUAGAAGAGCCUUCUCCUGUCCCCAGGAGGCAAAGAAGUGUUAUUAAAAGCGGUUUUUCAAGCGGUCCCUUCUUACAUCAUGAGUUUAUUCCUGCUG